UGCAGAUGUCAAUAAGUUGUGGUCGCUGAACUUCUGCAGUUUCAAAAGCAUCGUUUCUAUCAGCUCAGCAAACAUCAGCAAACACACAAACAGUUUGUGUGCAGCUUGUCACACAGUGUGUCCGCUAGCUAAAGGUGCAGCUGCUGCAUUUCCCCGGGAGAGAAAAGAAUAACAGAUACAGUAACUUCCCUUGAGAUUAUUUUUAAAGGAAGAGACCACUCACCAACAAUGACAGCGCUGUUAACCCCUGUUGCACCACAGGAUCAACGUUUUUUGGUGUUCUUUGAUUUUGACGAGACCAUCAUUUGCGAAAGCACCGAUGAUGCUGUGGUGCGUGCUCUGCCGGACAAAGAGCUCCCUGCCUGGCUAAAGAACAGCUACAGGGAGGGGCACUACAACGAACAUAUGCAGAAGGUCUUGGCCUACAUGGCAGAGCAGGGCGUGUCUAAAGACUCCAUUCAUUCAGCAGUGGAAAAGAUCCCACCAAAUCAUGGUCUCAUGAAUCUCUUCCAGUAUCUGCAGAGCCAACAAAAGGACUUUGAGCUGGUCGUGGUCUCCGAUGCCAAUAUGUAUUUUAUCGAAACAUGGCUUAAGCACGCAGGGGUGUUCCACCUUUUCAGAAAGAUUUUCACAAACCCAGCCAGUUUUAAUGCGACUGGUAAGCUUGUCCUGCUUCCGUUCCACUCACAUUCAUGCUCCCGUUGUCCCGAUAACAUGUGCAAGCAAGUAAUCCUUCAGGAAUAUUUGGUGGCCCGGCAAAAGGAGCGUCGCGGCGUGCCCUUUCAAAGGGUCUUCUAUAUUGGAGAUGGGGCCAAUGAUAUCUGCCCCUCUCUGGCUCUGGGGCCCCAGGACACAGCUUUCCCAAGAAGAGACUUCCCCAUGCACAGGCUGCUAAUGGAGUUUCAGCAGUCUGCCAAAUUCAAAGCAAACAUUGUUCCUUGGGUCAGUGGCGAAGACAUAGUAGACUGCCUGAAGAAAAUAGUGAAAGAGAGAUGAGACCUGCAUGUCUGUGCUUGUGAAAGAGGGACUGAAAGAGAGGGGCAAAUAUAGCAAAGGUGCGCCAACACUAGUCCAACUGACGAGCAGGUUAUGCAUAAUUUUAGCCAAGCAAAAAUUGAACCAUUUUACAGAUGUGACUAAACAUACUUUAUUUUCUGUUUAAUGAAUAACCUUUUUGCAGUCUUAUCAUUCAGAAUGAUAAAAUGUGGGUUCUGUAAGGGGGCAGCAUGGUGGUUAGCACUGCUGCCUCACAGCUGGAAUAACAUCCAGAAGGCCUGGGUUCGAUUCCACCUUGGCCC